UACGUGGCUGGUUGACGUCUAGUGUUUCGCUACGUUCUCUCACGCGAGCUUGCAUUUACCUUAGGAAUUGGGUACUUCAACACAGUUUUACAACGAACUGUUAAAACUAAUUACUCAAUAAAAAAUGGAUCAGAUCGCUAAAUUCGUGGAGCCUGGCAAGCAGUUCGCUAAGGAUUCUAUCAGACUGGUCAGGAGAUGCACGAAGCCCGACAGAAAAGAAUUCCAAAAAAUUGCCAUCGCGACAGCCAUCGGUUUUUGCAUCAUGGGUUUCAUCGGUUUCUUCGUGAAGCUUAUACACAUCCCCAUCAACAACAUCAUUGUCGGAUCAUAAACUGCUAGUUCUAGUUUAGACAUAAUUCUCAUUCGGAGGUGGACGGGACUUACUCCAGGUGUAAAAGUACCAAGAUACCAAGGGAGAGCAGGGGGGUAGCGGCAUUACAUACAAAUCAUACAAUGUAUGGUAUGUCCAUGCCCCUCCACUAGGCCUUCGGCAGAAUCAUCUUGCCCCCAGCUGGUCCAUCGGCUGACGAUGCUCUUGAGUUUGUCUAUAACAUAUAGCGCGAAUGGUACUGGUUACUGGUGAAUGAGCUCGUUUUCGCGAGCAGUGUGCAAAUUACUUGUGGAGUGGCAUUCGUCAGAUGUGGACGCACCUUAAAAAUCAUGUACAAAUUAUUGGAAAGUUAUAAUUAUUUGAAAUCAUAAUCAUUACAUAAUCACCCACAGUACAAUCAAGGCAGCAUACUUUAAAUUCUAAAUGUUAAUUAGACUAAGUUCUGUCUACCUCCACUCUACUAUUAAGGCCCGGACACUAAGUUAAAGCAUCCCAUUAUUUUCAUUUUAUAUUUUAAAUUGAAUGAAUAAAUUAUUCAACUU